UCUGUUCAGUAGCUCAUGAACUCGUGGUUUUUCUUGGCAGCACUGAAAGUUCAUGAGCUCUCUCGAAAGGCAGAGAGAGGAGUUUCAGAUCAUUUUAUCCAUGCUAUGCUGUUUUGUUAAGGAAUUCCUGCUGAAUUUAAUUAAAAAUCCAUAAUAUAGGUCUAAUUAUAGCAACUGUAAGUAAAAUUUAUUAAGUGGGAAAUAAUUUGCACAAAACAGAGUCGAGACAAAAAUUUCAUAUAGAAAAAUGCGGUUAACCAACAAAUUGUGCGCCCAACAUCUAGGAUGGACUUUCAAGAAACAUUGGUUAGUUCAAGGAAAAAGAAUACCACGUGACACGGGAGCUGCGGCAGAAGUGAUAAAGAAUGGAAUUGCUUUACAAAGUGUUCAUGAUUUAUCAAAAUCUGAAACUUAUAACAAGCGGGAAAGAAAAUAUAUUGGCGAGAAUGACAUUAAUCUUAAUUGGAACACAAAGCCGGUCUACUUAUUUGGUGACAAUAACAUUUUACUUAAAGGAAUUCAGCAAGCUGUACUGCUUACUAAUUCUAUUGAAGUACCAAGUUUACCCCAACAUAUACAGGAAUCCAUAGAUAGAAUUCAAAUGACUGGAUUGAGUGAGCGCAAUAUGAUAGAAGCCAUUAUGGCAUCAAAUCUAUUUUCAGCAGAUCAAAUAAAGUUGCCUAAAACAAAGAACCCUUUGCGUAUUGGAUAUAACCUUCGCCGAGAGUAUGGUAUACGAAAAGAAAGAAAAAUUACAAUGUUGUUAAAUAAAUUACUUACCGAAUGCGAGAAGAUUGCGGGUCGCAACAUAAAUUUCCAACGCCGCAUAAUUGACCAGGUCAAUUAUAAUUUUACUUUACCUAGAAAAGAGGAGAUGUUAUUAUUUCGCAUCAAAACAGAAAAGCUUAUUACUUCAAGUCGACCUCUGACAUCCAUUGAAGGAAAAUUCGAGUCGGAAUUGCCAAAUUUAUAUCCUCUAAAAAGCACAAUAUCUAUGUCAAAAGAACACAAAUACUCAAAUAAAACAAUAAGUCCUUUUAGCCACGAUUUAAAUUUUCAUCCCCAUACAAUAUUUAUAUAUUUUGAUAAUGACGAAGUGACAAACCUUCAUGACGUCCCCGUAAACGUAUCCCAAUUUCAAAGUCGCAACAUGUUUAAAGCUUUUGCAGUAGCUGCAGCACGAGCUAAACAGCUUUAUGGAGAAUCUGAAGAUAAAUUGUCUAGACCCAUAGUUGUGCAAAGUAUACAGACUGAUGGACGCACAUUUCACUUUGGCGUAUUUCAAUUAAAUGACUUAAGUAUCAGUGCCAUAGAAGGACCUAAAAAUUAUUGGUUUCAUUCAUCAAACCUUAAUCUUUUUGAAAAAUGCGAAUACGUUUCUGGAAGACCCAAACUAAAAGGAUUUAAUAAGGAUGUUUUGCGAUAUCUGUAUGCAUUUUAUAUCAAUUCGUAACUUCAUAUACAGAUAUUUUAAAAUUUUGUGAAACGCCUAAAGGUCAACCUAACCAACUAAUCUAAUAUCAACCCUGUUGAUGAAAUAAAAACAUAAUGUAGUGAUGCACAUUAAACUACUAUUAUA